AUGCAGAACUUGUUUAACCGACAUAAGAGGAAGCACGAUGAGGGUGCCGGGUCUGAGGACCGACACAAGAAACAGAAGAAUCACAACUGCACAUUCUCACAAUAUCAGAGCCACUACGGAGAAGCAUCGCGGAUAUCCAAAUCCAUGGAAAGAACGAGACUCGAUUCUUCACGUCCUUCAGAUGUCUCAUCAACCCCAGCUCAGUCUCGAAAGAUUGCCAAUCUCAUCAGAGCACUCGAUGAAGCACUGGAGGAAGAUGGAAUGGAUCACACGUUGGAUCUGCUUGGAAAUGAAACCCUCAGUCGCUGCCUAGAUCUACGAACAUCCCUCGGCGCAGCUAGAUCUAUAAUCGAAGCCUCAUCUGCCGGGCCAUUACUUCGAGAGCAAAGAUCACAUGAUUUCUUCAGUGUUCCAACCCCCCCAAGCAAUAACUAUUCUGCCCUAUUCGUCGAACCCUGGAAGUCUUCCACGAUAGCCAGAGAGCGGCCUCCUCUCCCGAAAGUGCUCGACCCAACCCUUGAAGAGUCCUCAUUCAUCCAUCAAGGUAGUACCAAUGGCAAGCCCACAGAACUGAAUUACGAACGUCUCGAAUGGGUCGGCGACGCAUACAUCGAGCUCUUCGCAACGCUUCUCAUAUCCCAAACUUUCCCUAACCUCGGACCAGGCAAAUGCUCACAACUUCGCGAGAGACUGGUCAAGAACUCCACACUGGCCGAGCUCUCAGUAUACUACGGAUUCGAUAAACGCCUCCGAAUGCCACCAGUCAAGCCAGGUCAGCCCGAAGACCGACGCAAGGUACUGGGUGAUGUUUUCGAAGCCUACGUUGCGGCAGUCAUCCUGUCCGAUCCAGCGCAUGGUUUGAAGACGGCCGCGGAAUGGCUCAAGGAUCUCUGGGGAAUGGUGCUCGUGAAGGACAUUAUCGAGGAGGAGAGGAAUGGUCUGAAGCUGGACAGCCCGCUGUGGAAACUGCGCAGCAAGUUGGCAGCUACGGACGACGCAGUGGUCAAAGCGGAUGCUCUGGACCUCUCUACCCCGAAAGACAAGUUGCAAAAAUUGCUGGGUGUGAAGGGAGUCAAGCUUGAGUACAAGGAUGCAGGACCGGAGAAGAAGGACCCCAAUACAAAAUUGCCCAUAUUCACAGUUGGCGUGUAUCUCACCGGACUUGGAGAGAGGGGAAAGAUGCUGGGUAUUGGAAAGGCUGGAGGCAAGAAGGACGCGGGUGCGAAAGCUGCUUCCAACGCUCUACUGAACAAGAAACUGAUGCAGGUAUACAUCGAAAAGAAGAAGUUGGUCGAGGCACAGUUGCAGGUGGAGGCUGCUGCCCUUCUGGACCGGGGUGGUUCUUGA